AUGUCGCAGCGUGGUCACCUACUGGUAUCGCAUGCCGAUUCUAGUGAAUGGCAAGGCAGCGAAGGCAACGCAGUCCUACUCAACCCCCGUCCUCAUCGCUUCGCCCUCUUCUCGCCGGAGAUACGCAAGGGCCCACGAGGUCUAAGAAGACAACAGCGGGUGGGCAAUGCACCUCCGCCUUGUGAGACGCGAGUACGAUCGCUGCGUAUGAAGAAGACCAUCGAAGCGGGACAGCAAUAUGUUUCGACCGGUGACAGAACGGCGGAUAAUUGUCAUGCAACGGCUACGAGUACAAAGACGGACUCACCUUUCACGGCAGGUUUGACAAGUUACAGCGGAGGCCAAGGCGGCACUGGCAUGGGCCCUCAGGAGGUGGAUAAAAGGCUCACGCAGGGAGAGAAGGAAUUUCAUCCCGCUAUCCCUCUAGCAAAAUACUCCAUACCUAUUUACGUGACUUUGAACUGUAACUGCGUCUCCAGGCACAAUAGGAAGGACAGCAGUCCUGACGGUGCCUACAGCACCGACCGGUCUUUUGAUGUCAAGCGUCACCAAGACAGACAUAAGCCGGAGUCCGAGAGACAAGGAGGUGCUCUCCUGUGGUUCUCAAAGCGAGGUACCGGCAUAAAUGGCGCCAUUGUACCAUACGUCUGGCGUCCUAUAAACUGGAAUUCGCAGUCAUACAACUCGUACUUUCCACAUACCUCUUCGCCGCUCACAUACACCCUGGUGGAACGGCGACAAGAAUGCUGUGGGUACGCCUGCCGAGGCCAUUCGAUCAUGGCCAGGAAAGGUUCGAGGGUGUUCCCCCACUUGAUCCCAAGAGGACAUGUGUUUGAGGCAGUGAAGAGAUAUGGCGAGCAGACGUAUGCAUUGGAGACCGAAGGUGAAGUCUUUCAAGCUGACAUUCGUCUGUCUGUGAUUAGUAGACGUUCGGGCCUUGUUACGACGCACCCGCCCCGUCGCUGUCUACCUAAGUCCGAGUUCAACCUCACCCAGGGUCCCCGGUCAGGAUCGGUACCGCGAUGUCAGGCACGAACGGGUUGCCACGCACCCGGGCCACAACGUACACGGGAAGGAACCGUGUUCUCAGGAAGCCGCAUGGCUGUUACCGCUUGUAGCAGAGAAGACGUCAGAACCUGCACGGUGUCUUGUGGCAAAGGCCCCGCGAGCCACGUCAAAAAAUAUAUAAAAGGCGGCCUGGGUGCUCACAGUGCUCGCCAAUCCGCCGUCCCACACUCGUGUCAUCUUCGGACAAGCACGCCGUACCCUCUCAUCACUUACCAACCGCACGAGCCUCAGUCACAACAAUGUAAGGCUCUCAUCGCUUGCGCUCGGAAUCUGAGUGCGCGGAGUAGACUUACCUGCUUUCCAGGACGCUACCGCCCGACCCAUCGACUGACGCCCCCGAGCGAAGAUUACAGACCUCCUCCUCGCGUGCAGAGCCCCGUCGCACCGCGCGCCGUGCCUCCGCGAAGUGUGGCUAUGCCUCACGACGCCCGACUUAGAGGACUGGGAGGAGGCGCGUAUCUCAGCCGAGGUAACCUGGGAGAGUCCUGGACGACUUUCAGAUCCAGCUCCCCGGUACCCUACGCCCGUGCGGAGCCACUUCACCCGCAGACGCUCUUGCUCAAGUCCGAUGGUCGCGAUGCACGAAAGCCGUACAUUGAGCCCUCAAACACGAGGUUUCAGGAUCAGAGACACAUGUCUUGGGUAGAGCAGAAGCGAGCCAUGAGAGCGAGUACAAAAGCAGCCACCAAGCUUGGGAUCGCCGACUCGCGGACUUCUGUGGCGAGCCGCGCUUGUCGUUCUGCAACCAAUCAUUAUCCGGUCCUCUCUGCUAGAAAUUUGUGCAUAUUGUUCCUUGGGCCGCGACUGCAAACGGACUCGAAUGGACAAUGUCAGUGUUUGUCUGUAGACGGAGAUCAGAGGCGGGUGCGGUAUGGGCAAGAUCAAGACAUCCUCCUGAGUCCUGUAUAUAUGGCUGGCUCAUCAUUACUACCCUCUAUUCUCCUGUCCGUUGCAUCACCCUCUGCUUCACCACUCUCGUCGUCCUACGGUCUCUCCUGGUCUUUCGCGGUAUUCGCGUGCAAAUCCGACUCGCUGCGCUACAUCAGCGUUCUCUUUUCUCGCCUCUCCUCCCCGCUGAACGGUCUCGUCCCAUUCCAGCUUGUCUACUGUCGCUCGAUCCUGUCGAUCCCUGUUUGUCCCCGCCGCACGGCCCUUGGUCUGUCUGCUCCUGGAUCUAAGCAUAAUACAAUGGCGCCUUUGCCCGUCAUUUCAUUGUUAGCGGUAGACUUGGACGUGUGGCUGUCGUCGCGUCAAGGAGAUGCGAGGUUGCUUCUCGCUAUCGCUCACAACGAGCCGUACGCCGACCCUGGAUUUUCGCAUCAAGGUUUGAGGUACCGCUCCUUCACCCGGGGAGUGCGCCGGACGGAGUGGGAACCUCGCCGAGAGGCGCGAAAGCCAUCUCUCAAGUCUCAGAUCAGAUACCGAUGGGGUAUUGAAGACUCGCGGCCUGAUGAAGAUGCUCUAAGACCGCGUAUCGUUGUCAUCAGACCGCAAAACUCAGGAUUUCGCGCGGAGAAUGGAGGUCGAUUAAUGCAUCCUACAGGAACAGCGGUCGGAAUUCGCAGCCCCUCUGUAAUUCGAUGUGUUAACAUCGCGGCUUGGUCACCUACUGGUAUCGCACGCCGAUUCCAGUGGAUGGCCAGGCAGCGAGGAUAA